GAGCUUUCACGUUCCAGUCGGAACUGACCAGCUGUGUAGGGUGUUUUUUAGCCGUAGGCUGCGUUCUUUAGCAUUUAAUUUUCUGGCCUGCUGCUGUGUCCGUGAUGUGUUCUGCUCGUUGGACGAGUGAAAGUCGAAGGUCUUGACGAUCCGCCGUCUACCGCCGCCUGUGAGGAUUCCUCUGCUGUGCUUUUACGUGUGCUCUCGAUCGCCGUGACAUGUUAGGCAUCCGUUGUGCGGCUUCCGUCGCUUCCAGAGCCCAUCUAUCGGCGAGAACGUCGCACGAUGGCCAGUCGACGACGAGCGUCGUUUAGGACUACACCGACAGCAGCCCGUCGUCGGUCGUCCUGAGCAACGAGCCUGCUCCGAUGACGCCACGGAUUUGAUCUGCGAUCAUCUGGCCUAAGUGUUUUCGGUUCGUUCUUCCCCAGCCGGUGUUUUCACGCCUGCUCCGUGCGAAGAUGGUGCAAAAGUAUCAGUCGCCCGUGCGCGUCUACAAGUACCCGUUCGAGCUUGUAAUGGCGGCUUAUGAACGGCGAUUCCCAACAUGCCCAAUGAUUCCCGUGUUCUUGGGAAGUGACACGGUUUCGGAGUACAAGAGCGAAGAUGGCGCAGAGCACGUUAUUGAACGCCGGUGCCGCCUCAACGUUGAUGCACCGUAUCUAUUGAAGAAGAUCAUAGGAGUGGAUUUUGUGUACUUUAUACAAAAGAACUCUUUAGAUCGGCGGCAGCGAACACUUAAAAUUGAAGCCUACAAUGAGAGCUUUUCGACACGAGUUGGCAUCAAAGAAAACUGCACUUACUCGGUGCACCCAGAAAACCCAGACUGGACCUGCUUUGAGCAGAGUGCCUCUCUCGAUGUCAAGUCCUUCUUUGGGUUCGAGAGUGCGGUUGAGAAGCUGGCCAUGAAGCAGUACUCCCAGAACAUCUCCAAGGGAAAAGAGGUCAUUGAGUACUACAUCAAUGAGCUUUUGAAGGAGAACGUCACAUACAUUCCCCCAUUCGAAGACAAACCCGGCACUGAAGGCAGUGGUGACGCCAAAGCUCCCACCCUGCGUGACAGCAUGCGGAAAAAGUCACUUGGCGAGAAGGUUACUUCACCAUCUGGCACCUCCGAGUCCCUUGCCACACAAGACGCAAACUUCAAACUGGAGUCUGAGUACAUUGAGCGGUGCCUGGGUUCACUCACUCCGUACCAGGAAUCCUGUCUGGUCAUGCUCAAGAAGUGGAUCACUGAGGCACACCAAGGAAAAGUUCCAAGUGACCAGAUGCUGGUGAGAUUCCUUCAGGCUCAAGACUUCAAUCUGGAAAAGGCUCGUGAGAUGCUCUGCCAGUCCCUUGUGUGGCGCAAGAAGUACCAGGUGGAUCGCAUUCUCAGCACCUACGACCUGCCAACUGUGGUGCGCGAGUAUUUUCCUGGUGGCUGGCACCACCACGACAAGGACGGCCGCCCCAUGUACAUCCUCCGCCUCGGGCAGGUCGACAUGAAGGGCUUCAUCAAAUCCAUCGGCGAGCAGGGUCUGGUCAAACUCACACUUCACCUCUGCGAGGAAGGCCUCAAGCGCACAGAGGAGGCCACCCACAAGGCUGGUAAGCCAAUAAGUGCCUGGACCUGCUUGCUCGACCUUGAAGGCCUCAACAUGCGCCACCUGUGGCGUCCCGGCAUGCGCGCUCUGCUCCACAUCAUCGAGAUGGUGGAGUCCAACUACCCGGAGACUAUGGGCCGCUGUCUGGUGGUGCGUGCACCACGAGUAUUUCCCAUCCUCUGGGCCCUCGUGGGAACGUUCAUCAACGACAACACGCGCUCCAAGUUCACCUUCUUUGCCGACACUGGAACCACCGCCCCGCCGGGGCUGGCUGAAUUCGUUGACCCGUCAUACCUGCCUGACUUCCUUGGGGGCUCAUGUCAGACGUCAAUCCCUGAUGGAGGGCUCAUCCCCAAGACGUUUUAUAUGUCCGAAGAGGACUAUGAACGAGAGAAGGCGGACGGCAUGCACCUCUUUGACGACACCAUGUACCACUCAGUCAGCCUGGCACGAGGACAGGUACACGAGGUGGUUAUAAAUGUGGCGGAUCAAGGCAGCGUCAUUUGCUGGGACUUCGACAUAAUGAAGGAAGAUGUGUCAUUCACCGUGUUGCACACGACACGGGAGCUUCCCCCACCCAAGACGGCGUCUAUUGAAUCUGCGGAAGGUGACACUGACGCUGAGGAGGAAACCGUAGGGUGCACCCAUUCACCCCUGCCGCUGAACAUGCUGACGCUCGACACGCCGCCGUCAUUGCUGCCGAAGAGCUGGGUGGCUGGAGUGGACUACAAGACAGUUGAGCCAUGCCUCACGUGCCACGAUGGUGAGAGUGUGCAGGGCUCCCAUGUGACCAAUGCAUCAGGCACAUACAUCCUCCAGUGGCGACACAUGGAGGGACCCCAGCACCACCCAUUCGAGUUUCCCUUGUCACCACACAAGGCCAAGGUGAUGUACUACUAUGAGGUCCUCAAGUCGCAGGACUACAAGGGAUCCGUGACCAGCCUGCAGUCGUCGCACAGUGGUAACACAUGCAACUCGUCAAGCGAUCACUCGUCCGCGCUAAGCUCGUGCCCGUCCAGGUGAUGCCAGUGAUGUCGGGACCACCUGCUCGUGCAAGUCCUGGCACCGUCUAAGGGAAGAUGACAGUUGGCCUCACCGAAGGACAUUGUGACCCUUGCCUUCGUACGAGGAGAGGGCAAGCAGCUGCGCUUGAAAUGACUGCAUCAACCGAUGCGUAGUUUGUGCACGCGACGUGCCUGGUGCUGUUUUACGUGAAUUGAGGCCACGAAUUACUUUGUGGUACAUCUGCAUAGGGCAGUAUGAUAAAUCCUGCAUCGUUAAAGCGCACAGGCUUGUGUAGGAGUGACCCACCCUAUUUUUCUAGCGUGUCCAUUUAGAGUCUUUCCCCCCGAGCAGAGCCUCUAGAUUUUUACGAGUCACGCUAGCUGUGGCACACACCCAAGCUGUAGCCACAGUCGUAUUUUACCUGUAUUCAUGAUUCGUCUUGGUCAGUUUUGUCUAACGUACCUGUAUACAUUUCAUUAAAUCGGUGACACGGCGAUCGCCAUUUUAAAGCAUAAUCCUUGUCAAGACAUUCUUUUACAGCCCGAGUGAACCAGCACUUCAAAAAUUCUGGGAUAGGCUCGUAGAAAGUGGCAUGAUGCGCCAAGCUGCAUUCAAUGAUGCUGACAUUGAUAUCACCAACCGGGAGAUUAUUUCUCAGUGUUAUCAGCAUCACCUGGCCUAUGCGCCUGGCUUAUGCACCUUGACCAUGCCUUGUAAUCCUUGGUACUGUUGUUUGGGAAAGGUGUUGUUAAGGCCCAAUUCGUGCGAGGCACAUUCCAAGAGCAGAGUUUAAAAAAGAGAAAGGGCCAAAUAUUUUUUUCAUUGUAUGGAUGUGAUGGGGGUAUCAAGAUUUAUCGUAAAAUCUUUGCAUUGUCCCUAGCAGAGAUGCUGUGACAAUGUUGUUGCCUAUCAAAGUAUUUUAUAUGCUGUGCUGUAAACAACUUGCUUAGCCAACAUUGUAUCUAAAGAACACAAUGUGCCAGCCACCUAAGAUGGGGAAGCUCUACCUCAGGCACUCCUAUCCAAAGUGUGACAGCGAACGGCUGAUAUAACGUGGAUGAAAUACGUAACAACUAAAGUAUAUUGCAAUGUGGAAGCACCAGUCCAAUUUAAACCAUUAGCAUAACUUGAGAGUUCCAUAAACUGGCUUAAAGAUUUAUGUGCCACUCAUAAUAUUUAAUAUAAAAAGUUAUAUACACUUGUUUCAUUGAGCUCAAUUUGGCCUAUCAGAUUUGCUGUAUCAAGUGCUAUCCUUAAAUGACUGGCACUUCUGUGAGAAAACAUACAGUAUGCCCAAUAGAAAGGCUCCAACUGUUAUAUAAUACCUGUGUCAUACGGCACAGUUUCGAAUGCUAUCGAGCCCUAGCGGCAUCAAAUUUCUUGGUUGCAAUUGGUUCCUCUGUGCAAGCUGUGGGGAGAGAGCCAAUCUCAACCGAGGAAUUCUAUCCUGAUCGGGCUUCAUCACAAUCGAAAGUGUACUGUGUGGCACCCCCAUUAAACUAUGUUCUAAAGUGGAGGUGCAAGUUUAAAGUCUGCCUUAUCUUUAAAAGCCAUCAUUUAUGGCGGUAUUUUGUUAAAACAUUAUGCUUGGACAUUCCGCUGAAAUAAAUGGCAACACAACUCAAGAUAAGGCCACUAAAAAAAAGUAUCCACAAAUUUGGUUGUGCUUCAGCGCCAAGCACGACAGGCAGGCCUGCUGUUAUCUCUGCAUUCAACAAUUGCUUCUUUACUUCUUUACAAGUUUUGUGUGCAGCAGUUCACCUGUGUCAUGUUGUAAUGACAUUCAGCGAAGCAUAUGCACUUCGGUGUACAAGGUUAUCUGUAUUUUUUUAGAAUGUUUUAUGAAAAAGACCAAACAUUUAUCACGAAAUGGUCCUUGAAAUAUGUGCAUUCUGAAUUAGAAAAAAAAAAAGGAAACAUUGUGGGCACAUUAUAACUUACUAAUUGCACUGCACGGUAAAUAAGAAAAAUGAGCUAUUGAAUUGGCUAAAGGCUAGUAUGUGCAAAAUUCUACAAAAGGCUAUAUUUUACUAGGCGAAGUGUUCAUGGAAAAUUACAGAAUGUACAAAGAUAAAAAAUAAUGGCACUUCUGAAAAAAAUUAAACUCUGUCAUAUAGUCAUCUCAAGUAUGAUAACCCUUGCUUAAUAGUUAAUGAACAUCGGUCUCACAAGUGCAUGUGCCCUUGAAGGGAAAUGACACAAAAUUUUUGUCUUUCUUUUUAUUUCUUUAUUUGCUUAUAUAAGUAACUGCAAACUCCGUAAUGAUAGUACAUCGUACAAUGCCUCAAAUCCUCAACCAUGCAAAGAAUCAUGAGUUAUACAUGUACUAUCUUUUAUUUGGGAAGUUGGCAGUUCUUUAUUGAAUACAGUUGACUUCUGUUAAUUUGACCUUAACAAGACUGACGGAAUUAUCUAGUGGGUCGUAUUAUUAAAAAAAAAAGAGAGUUCACGCACGAAUGCUUCAUUUUACAGUAUUUCCCUAAAUCUAACGCACAUCCAGUUUUUUAUCGGUUCAUAGUCAAUGUGCAUCCAGAUCUAAUGAGCAUCCAGUCUUAAAAAAAAUAUAUAUAUAAUGAUUCUGGCGAUCAGAAACUUGAUGAAACUUCCUCGAUUUCAGUCAGCCUUCUAUCGCUUUCUGCAGACUACAAAAUGCCACCAUCCUCACAGUCUGUUGCAUUUGAUAUUCCAUGUUUCUCGAACCACUUCAUUGUAAUUGUUGCAAACAAGAUGGUGAACAGAGCCUAGACUGGCUAACCGCUUCCGGUAUGCCCUGAGAUGCACACAAGCCUCUGUAGGUCGAAAAGCAAGUUGCACGACUGUUGGCGCUAGCCUAAUGAAGAAUAACCUUUUUGGGUGCGUCUUGUAAUGAAAGCCUGAAAAGAGUGCAUCAUUCUCGUGCUCCUAUGUGAGGAUUUGUUCUGCCGACAUCUUGUGAUGACAGUGGCAAAGGCACUGGCCCUUGACAGUAGGCUGUUGCUAAUGCCAUAAGUAUGGCUUCAGUUUUUUUAUCUGAUUGUAAUGCACUGGCUAUUUUUGGAGGAAUUUUCUUGGAAAAAAGUUGCACAUUAGAAUUGCAUAAGUACGGUAAUCAUCAAUUGUAGGCGGCCAUUCUUGCUUUGAAAUCUGCUGAAGGCAGGCUGAAAAUUUUUAUUUCUGGCAGGAGAUAAUGUGUCUUUAGUGCCUUCACUGUCCCAUAGCACCACCAAGACAGAUGUUGCAGUAAUUAGUGAGGUGUUACAAAUGGGUCAUUAUUGGGGCAGGGAGUGCGCCUGCUGACCAGUCAAGUUUGAAUUAUCCUAUCCUGUGAGGGCCAAUUUCGGGAUUGAAAUAACGAAAGUUUUGGUCUGCAAAAAUGCAGGGGCACUUGCCAAGACCUUGGUCGGAGUCAAAUUAACCCUUUAUUGAUGGCACAUGCAAAUACCAGUAAUUCAUUUACAUUUUCUAUCUAAAUGUGCAAGACACAUAUAGAGCAAGUAAGCACAGUCAACUAAAAGAAAAAAUAUCUUGCGGGAACUUUUUUCAGCAUAAGAGGUAAACACAAGAGGGAAAACUAGAAGUGGGCUUUGACCCCAAGACACUUACGGCUUCGUUUCAAGUUUGUACAGGCAGCUCUUGGUAUAUGUGAGCCGUGAGGGUACAUUCCAUUUGUUUUACAUCACAUGUGUGACACCACUGUAGCUGGCGAGCUUGCAUUGGUCUGUCGUCCUCUGCACAUGCUUUCCAAAAAACCAAGUCGCGUGCCAAACUUCUCCCUUCUCAUCUUGUGUUCCUGCUCUAAGUUAACAAAUUACACUUGCUGCCUAUCAUUCAGUGUUGGCUGAAGGCAUUCAGCCAGAAAGUUCGUACUUAGUACCGUAAUUCGGCAAGAAAAAAAAUGUUCUGGUAUGUUGCCUUUAGGCAACACUCGUCAAUAAAGGGUUAAAUGAAAAAUAAAAUAGCUAAAGUCAAAUUAAGAGAAUUCUACUAUGAAGUAGAAAUGAGAUAAAAUUUGUGUUUGUAUGCUUUCAAGUUAUAAAUUCAUACAUGAAAAUGUUAUCACCUGUAAUACUGAGAAAAAAGCAUUCGCAGCAGACACAACUAUUAGUGUCAGGGUCCUGAGAACCCGUUCAUAAGCGGUAUAAAUAGUAGCCAACCAUUGUUUGCAUCAUGAACAUAUAUGGUGUUUUGGAUGGAUAUCUCUAACCAUUGCUCUGUGGGCACCCCUUGCUUGGUCCACUGACUCGAAGCAGGCAGCACAACUGCACUUGAAUCUCUGUGGUGUCUGCUUUCUUUCAUGGCAGCGGACAGGGACGAACCGUACUGGUUUUUAUCACUCCGUUUAUCGCAAACAUAUUAAAUUUAAAGAGGAUACUAUGACUUGGCCUUCCCCGUGUUGUGAGGUUCGUUACACAGGUAAUAUUGAUGGUCAAGAUUUAUUCAGUCUUUGCCUAUCAGAAAUUGUCACUAGAAAAUUUUGAUAUCUAUGUCAUUUGGCCAUAGAGGAGUCCAAGAGCCUGAAAGCGUGUGCUUCCUUCAUUGAGCAGACCAUUUCUGCCUUGUCAUGAAGUCUACGUCUGAAGUCAAGCUUCCUUUCAUCUGCUAGCACCUCUUGCAAGUAAUAUGCGCAUGCUGGCACUUGCUGAUCUUAGUGACACUUGUAAUAACUGUUAUCGGCUCUAAUUUCAGUAUGUAGUACAUCUGCAGUAUUCAAACAGAAAAACAGCUAGAACUUGCACAUUUUCAGUGCCAGAUCAGUAGCAAAAGGCAGUGUGUAUGCACAUGCUUUACUAGAAGGUAAGUUACUCUGUCAUGUUUAGGUUAUAAACAUAGGGUUGCCAUGUUUAGGUUAAACAUAGCUUGCACCCAGUGAUAUCAGUAGCGACCAGUGAAAACAUUGCAUGACGUGGCACUUUGGCGGCAAAGCGAGAGGACGAGCAGCAUCAACAUUCCCUCUUGAGCUUCCGGCAGCCAAACCAGAAGUGUGCGGCUGUCUUCGACGACGACUGUCAGAUAACGCAGACUGUACCUUUGGCCACACACUGUGCUGCCAUUUGCGUUUCAUCUGAUAUUGAUAGCACAUGGUUGCCAUUGCAAAUACGAAAUUCUCUGCACCCCCAUGUGGUGGUUGGCAGUAACAUGCUAAAGCCAUUUGUUUAAUGUUGGAAGUUACGGUAGUGGCAUAGCCCUGUAGUAUGAGAAUGCUAGCUAAUGUGCUGAAUUUCUAGUAAGUGGGUACCUUUGAUGAGCUGCCGUGCAAUUCUACAGCGAUGUAAUGAGUGCCAAAGCACAUGUCUCCGUACUCUCAGCAGCACCUUGCCAAGCAAGUGACAGGCUUUGUAUUUUGUGUAGUCAUUACACUUGCACCGCCACCAAGACAGACUGGGUGGUCAAAGCCAGCGCCCACAAAGAGAAGUAGUUGUCUGCAGCAUGUGCAGUCGUUAUUUAGAGUGCAUAUAAUUUUGCGUGCCACUUCACAGCCUAUAGGGGAACCGGUAUUGGCCAGGAUGCACUACGGUGGUUGGAGUGUGCAAUUUAAAAAUGCUGACACCAUCCGGCAGGCACACCACUGAAAGAACAGAUGUUUCAAACGAUAACAAACACACCUGUAUCAACAUUUGCUAAUGCCUGAGGCAUCAAGCCAAGCUCUGUUCAUAUGCAUAUGCAUUCCGUGAGUGCAUGCACUCCUAUAUUCUAGCACGUUGGCCUCAAUACGAGCACAUGUUCUAGCACAUGUGCCUCGAGAUGAGCGACGAAUUUGCUGACUCAAUAUCACUGCAUGUGCUACUAAAAACUGUUCCCUUUGCCCACUAGGCUGUUUGUUACUGUGGUGCUGUUAGCACGCAAAGUUCCAGCACUAGUUGCUCAUAGGUGGCAAGACAGCAGUCCAGUAUGGCGGAUGAUGAGAUGAUCACAACACUGCUAGAAUGCAUGUGUAUAGGGAAGUACGGAGCUCUCCGUGCAGCAUCUCCUCUUAUGUAGAUUUUAUUGCCUGGUAGUGAAGCAAUAAGACAUUGUCAUUGCUGAAAAAAUCUUGAGCAUGAAUGCAUCAGUAUUAAACACUAAAAUGUAAUUGUAGACGCUGCGAGUGGCAGCCUGUAGCUUGGCACUAAAGCCAAAGUUCGUGACAAAGCCCAAAAUUUGACAUAUGCUACCCAGUAAAGCACUAAAUAUACCUGGAGAUAUGCCUAAUUGUUGUUUUACUUGAACUGUAAAUCACCAUAGCAUUGAUAAGUAUUUUGUUCAUCGUUGGUUUAGGGCCGUGAAAGUCUGCCUGUUUUGCCCCAGCGUAUUGCUACUGGGUAUGAAGUGAUUCAAUGGACAAAGUACAGUUUGCGCUAGUGUAAACAAACAAGCAAAAGUAGUUAAAGAAUUGUGUUUUUCACAUUGUAGCCUAACAGGAAAAGUGAUUCUGCAAGCGUACAAGUCCUCGCGGUCCAUUGCGCUCCCAUUUUGAGAAGCGAACAAAACCUCUUUAAUUUCAAAAUACGUAAUUGUGCUUCCUAUUUCUUUUAAAGAUAUCCCUUUUCCAUUUUGCUUUUCCUUCUUUAUGAACAGUGGAAGAAAAGAUGCUAGGCUAGGGCCACAAAAGGAUUGCCACAAGAGAUCUGGCAAUUGUAGGAAGGGGCAAUUCUUCAGAUACAGGAACGAUGCCACAAAUACAGGCUUUCUCCAUGAGGGGCACUGAGUGGCUGCAUGCUACUUUCUGUCACAUUUAACCUUUAAAAGAUCUUUCUUUCUUUCUUGGUGUGUGUGUGUGUUUUAGGGCGUGAUGCUGUGCUCUGCACUUGCUGGAAUGUCCCAUACGAAACUUUCAUGCCUGCUCGUUUAUUCCUGAGCAGCUUAUCCCACGGAACGAAUGCUACGAGUGCCCCAUAGGGUAUUUUCUCGGAUAAGCCACUGGCUCUGUCGCACUCGAAAUUUCACAGGGAGGUGAUGCAGUUUAAUACAACAUUUGGGUGCUUUACUUGCCUGUUUCGUCUCCGGAAUGUGUCCCGAGUUUGCUUCAGCUGUGGUGAUGGCAGACAGAAAACAGAAUUUACAGGAAUGGAACGAUGGCACUGUCUCAUUGUUUGGGUGAGGCAUGGCAUGCGCCUUGUUUAGCCAUUGCAGUGCAGCGUCAAUAUACUGUGCAAUGGAAUGUGAAGCACUUCUGUGCCCUGCAAAGCUUUGUGUCUGCUAGCUAGCUCACUCCUGCUGUAGCUUAAACCAUCCCCCUUGUGAUAGAGCCUCCCUUUAGCUCUUUUAUCCCGCCAUAUGCCAAAUGAAUAGAUGUGGCUGCUUUGACAACUUGCUCUUGCGAAAUUUACCCCCGUUAGGCUUGUGCGUACCAGAUUCUUCCAAACAUGAAUUGUUGCCCCCCGUUUGUGACUUUGGUGUGCUUCAUUAUGUAAGUCUUCCACUGGUGCUAUUGUUGAGACCAGCCAGAAAGCCACAAGGUUCCAGGCAUCUUAAGCUACGUCCAUGCAUGUUACAUUAGAAAGCCUUCGAGAGUAGCAUUGUGCAGUACAUAUCUCUUGUUGUCCAUAGAUUCCUGCCCGUAGCAUCUACAGCACCAAAAAUUGUGGUGUGUUCUUGGUGCUUCCUCCACAUUUUCCCGAGGGUGUGUCAUGCGUCUGAUGGUGGUGUAUUGGGCAAUCACAUUAACAGAAGAGGGUGUUUGUUCCCCCAGUGGAACUACGUAAGAAGUUUUCAGAUUUGUGCAUGCAGGCAGGCACAUGUUAGAUUGAACUGCAAGGCAUAGAAAGCAGCCUAGCAAAAGAAAAAGGUAUGGUGCAGAAAGGUGCUCACUACUUUCCAGCUGAUAGAUAUCAUCUGAGAGUAGUAAAAUGUUGCACAGUACUUGUAUCAUGGUGAUUGAAGAUUUGCUGUCAUUAUUGCUUCCUUUAUUGUUUGCAUCAUUCAGUGCUAACAUUUUUAGCUAUUUGUCUGGUCUGUGAACAGCAACUGUGGCAACACCAAUUUAGCUCUCCUGUUGCCUGUUGAGCUGCUGAACAUGUAGUGCUUAUGUAGUACAUGUUUUGGACAGUGUUACUAUGAAUGUGAACACAGAAGGCGACUAACAUGUUGCUGCACACCCUUAAGCAGCGCUAACGACACACAGCCAAUUGUGAUGUUGGUAUUGCUCUGUUACAGGUGGCUCAGAUAUGCUUCCGAUAUUAGCCUGCAUUUAGCUUUGGGACUUCCUUUUAUAGCUCAUCUCUGGUGUAACUGCUGAACUUGGCCAGUUUGACCUAAGGUCUUCUUGCUUGCAUCUGCUUAUUGCAGAUUCAGUCUUUGCUUACUCUAAAGAAGUACUGUUCAUUUUUACCUGUGUACUUAAAAAGCUUUCUGUAACAAGUCGUUUGCUUCUUUGUGAUGUAUAAAAAAGAAAGAAAGAAAAAACAGCAUGAUCACAGUGCGAAAAAGUUGUGAACUGAGUGCAUCAUUUUUGUUGGAAGUAAGGUGCGUUUUCCAGAUGUGUUAUAAGUGAAGUACACCCAAAAUAAAGUAUUCAGCGUAUUUUUAAAAGCA